AUGUUUGGCGGGCUCAACUUCAAGGGCUUGCAGGACCGCCUCACCGACUCGCUCCACGACCUCGAGCACACUCUCGGCGGCCAAGCCCCGCCCCCCUCCGCCUCGUCCUCCGGCUCGUCGUCGUCCCCCUCUCGCCCGCAACCUGGCCAACGCGCAGCCACCUCGCCACCGCCAGCAUCCGCACGCGCCACCGCCACCGGCACUACCCCGACCCGCCCCUCGCUCGACGGCCUCGCCAGUCGCGCCGCGUCCCUCGUCGGCCCGCUCUCGCCCACGGCCACCGCCGCGCAGCAGUCGGCCUCGCAGCUCGCAGACUCGGCCCUGUCGAGCCUCCGCGCCAGCCUCCGCAAAGGCCGCGCCAGCCUCGACAGCGUCACGGGCGCAAACGCCCCCUCGACCGCGACCGCACCCCGCCCGAGUGGGGAGAGCAGCCCCGCGCGCCCCUCGCUCGACGGGCCCGCAAGGGGCAGCCCGCAGCGCAGGAGGGCACCUGGCUCCCUCCGUCGCGAGGGCAGCGUCGACUCGGUCCGCGAGGAGGACGAGCUGCGCAAGCUGCGCGAGCUCGCGAGCCCGCCCCCGCCCUCCGUCAGCGAGGAGCACCACGACGCGCCCGUCGCACCGACGCCGCGCGAGGCAGAGCCCCUCUCCGACCUGCUCUCGCCGACCCCGGUCGCCCCGCCCAGCGUACCCGCACCCCUCCUCGCCGACGACCCGCUCGCCGUCCCCUCGUCCUCGACUGCCGCCCUCUCGCCCUCUCCCCCUCGCGCACUCUCGCCGACCGCGGCACCCUUCACACCCUCUUCCCCAACCUCUACUUCCUCGCCCUCCUCGGCGGCGACCCUACGCCCGACUGCCGCCGCAGCCCCCGAGCUGUCGCGCAAGUCGUCCCUCGCGCCGCCGACGCCCCGGCCCGAGAGCGUCACCGAGGACGACGACGCGUGGGGCGUCGACGACCUGGGCACGAUCCCGCCGACGCCCGUCGUGCCCCACGGCGUCGAGGACGGGCAAGAGGAGGAGGAGGCGGCGGCGGCGCGAGCAGACGGCGUCGAGCACGCGGCAGCAGGUGCGAGCGAGAAGGGCACGACCGCCGAGGCGUCAGUCGAGACGCGUGACGUUGUCGCGGCGCCGGCAGAGGAGGCCGUUCCGCCUCUCGGCGAUGUCGCAGACGAGCAGUCGGCGCCCACGAGCGACCCGCUCGGCGCCCUGGCCUCGGCGGCUGUCGACGAUGUCGCGCCACCUACAGCCUCGUCGUCUACCGUCGCCGAGGCGCCCGUACCAGAUGCCGAGAAGGAGCCCGAGGAGCCCGCGCCUGUUCCCGUCGACGUCGCGCCCUCGCCUGCGCCGCCGGCCUCGACCGUCCUCCCCGACCUCGCCACCUCUUCCCCCGCCGGCCCUUCCGCAUCGUCUAGCGUCGAGGAAGGCCCCGUACCUGCCGCCGUCGAGACCGCUGUCCUGCAGCUCGACGACAAGCCUGCGCCCCCUCCUGCUCCCGUCGACGAGCCCGCCGUCCUUACCACGCUCGAUGACGACACCGAUACCGACGCCGCCCACGCAUCCUCGUCUGCUCUCGAUGCACCCGUCGCCGCCGUCCCCCUCGACGAGCCCAUCGUCGUCGAGCCCGCAGCGGCGCCCGUCGUCGAGGAGGCCGAUGCGCCGCGAGCCGACCCUACUGAGCUCGAGGCGCCGGUCCUGCCUCCUCCAGCGGUCGCAGCAGACCCUACACACGCGUCCGACACCGCCGAGGCGCCACACGACGCUGCCGCCGCCGAGAGCGGCGUCGCCGCCGACGAGCCCGUCGCUCCCGCGGGCGCAGUGCCGGCGGUCGACGCCGCAGCGGCCGCAGACGAGCCUUCGUCCGCCUCGGCGGCAGAUGCGGUCUCGAGCGAGCCGGCCGCGGCAGCGGCGCGCAGCGUCGAGGCGCCGGCCGUCGCUGUCGACGACGCGGUCGCUGUCUCGACCGAGGAGCCUGCGCCGAGCGCGCCAGCGGCGGCGGCAACGGCGGCGGACGAGGAGCUGUCGUCGCAGGCCGAGGCGGCGACAGUCGUGCCCGUCGUGCCGAGCCAGGAGGAGGAGGAGGAGGGUCCGAGCGCCGAUUCGGCGGCCGAGCCGACGGCGGUCGAGACGGUGUCGGCGGUCGAGCCCGAGGAGGCCGACGUCGUGCAGCAGAAGGGUGCCGCCGAGCCUGUCGAGCCUGAGCGAGCGGCGGUGGCUGAGGACGAGGCGCCGGCGGUCGUCGAGCGGGAGGAUCCUGUCGCGGCCAAGAUCGAGAUCAAGGAGGAGACGCCUGUUCCAGCUGCUCCAGCACCCUCGUCGUCCUCGCCCUCCUCGACCGCUCUCGCACCCCUUCCCUCGGCCCUCAAGUCGUCCCUCGACCGCCUCGUGUCGACCUACCUCGCGCCGCUCGACAGCAUCGACGACGUCGAGGCGCUCGAGUCGGCGCUCGGCAACCUCAAGAGCAAGGAGGAGCUCGCGACCAAGGAGAUCAAGCGCUUGACGGGCCAGCUCGAACGUCGCAAGGAGGCCGUCGAGGAGCUGCGCGAGACGCACCGGCUCGAGCACAAGUCGCAGCAGGACGAGAUCGACUCGCUCCGGGCCCAGCUCGCCGACAAGGACUCGCGUCUCGCCGCGUCCGAGUCGGCCGCCGCCCAGACGCGCGCCGAGGUGACGGCCGCCGCCGCCGAGUACGACAAGCUCAAGGUCGUCGCCAAGGAGGAGGAGGAGAAGCGCAUCAAGGCCCUGUCGCUCCUCCGUGCCCUGCGCCAGAAGCUCGUCAAGAACGAGCAGGACAACCGCGACUCGGACCGCGUCAUCGCCGAGGCGCGCGCGAGCGAGAAGCAGGCGCAGGACACGCUCAAGGCCGACCGGGCCCGGUUCGACUCGGAGAUUGUCGCGCUCCGCGCCGCGCAGGAGCAGCAGGUCAACAAGCUCAAGCAGAGCUUUGAGCGCGAGACGGCGACCCUCAAGCAGCAGUACGAGCGCGACGCGACCAACAAGAAGGGCCAGUUCGAGCUGUCGGCCAUUACGGCCAAGGCGCAGCAGGCCAAGGACCUGUCGGCGCGCGAGGCGCGCAUCCAGCAGCUCGAGACGACGGUGCGCGACCUGAGCGCCGCGCGCGACGGCGUCUUUGCGCAGCUCCAGGCGCGCCAGGCCGAGGUCGAGUCGAGCGCGGCGCAGCAGGAGGCGCUCAAGACGCGCGCCGCCGAGCUCGAGUACGAGGCGGCCGAGCAGCGUGACCGCGUCGCCGCGCUCCAGGACGAGGUCGACGAGCUGCGGCGGCACCGGCACGACUCGGCGCGCGACGAGGGCACGACGCGCCGGCUCCUCGAGGAGGCCGAGCAGCGCCACGCGCACAAGGUACGCGACCUCGAGGCGCGCGCGCAGCAGCUCGAGCGCGACCGGCGCGAGAUCGAGGACGAGAUGGGCCGCAACCUGCAGGACCGCCUGCGCGAGGUCGAGCGCCUGCGCGCCGCGCUCGCCAAGAAGGACGUCGACUUUGCCGACAGCGUGCAGAACAGCCAGAAGCGCGAGAAGGAGAUCGACGAGGCGCACAAGGCGCGCGCAGAGCUCGAGAAGCGCCUCAAGACGGUCGAGGCGAGCCUCGAGGCGCUCCAGGACGACGCCGACCGGGCGCGGCAGGGCGAGGCGGCUGCAAAGGAGGAGCUGAGCGACCGGCUGCAGCGAGCGACAGAACUCGAGGCCCGGCUCGAGGAGGUCCAGACGCGCGAGUCGAACCUGCGCUCGACAAACCGGACGCUGCGCGAGGAGCUUCGCAAGUUGCAGUCGGGCGUCCUCCUCGCCGAGAAGCAGCGCCAGCCAGGCGUCGGCUACUUCGGAACGUUCUCGCAGCCCUCGGGCUCGCACGCCGCACACGGCUCGACGACCUCCCUCGUGUCGCCGCCGCUCGUGACGCCGCCGUCGGCCACCGCCAACGCGUCGACGCCCGGCCAGCCGAUGGUGCCCAACCCGAACGGCAACGCCGAGGAGGCCAUCUCGUACGAGUACCUGCGCAACGUCGUCCUCCAGUUCCUCGAGCGGCCCGAGAUGCGCCCUCAACUCGUCCAGGUCCUCGGCGUCAUCCUCCAGUUCACGCCGGCCGAGCUGCGCCGCCUCGCCGCCAAAUCGGCCGCGCACUGAGCGCUCGACGCCGUCGUGCGCCCUGAACCU